GAGUACACUGCACACAUACAGGACAAGUAUGGAGUAAUAAAAGACAGGAACUCUCUUCCUGGUGAGAAAGUAAUUCUAGACAGCAGAUACACCAAGCUGAUUAUUGUAAAGGAAACACGUGCCAGAACGGAAAGACAACAUGAAAUAAUGGCCUCAGGACAGAGACAUGCAGAAAUCAUGUAUGAGCAAGAGAGAUCCCUCACCAUUGGUGACUUAUUUGCAGCUGAUGAGAAGGGGAAAACUCCGCGAAUUGCUGUAUUGCUGGGAGCUGCAGGGAUUGGGAAAACACUGACAGCAAAAAAGAUCAUGGUUGACUGGGCGGCUGGAAAGCUUUACAACGAGAAGUUUGAUUAUGUUUUCUACAUAAACUGCAGAGAAGUUAACUUUGACACGGAGCAGGGAAGUGUUGCAGAUUUGAUGCUAAGGAAUUGUCCUGAUCGACAUGCACCGAUUGAAGCAAUGUUGGGGAAUCCCGAGAGACUCCUGUUCAUAAUCGAUGGUUUUGAUGAACUGAGGUUUUCCUUGGCUCAGCCAGAAGAGAGUCUGUGCUCUGAUCCCUGGGAGAAGAAACCAAUGGAAAUCGUGCUGAGCAGUUUAGUCUGGAAAAAAGUCCUUGAGAAAUGCUCCUUACUCAUUACUACAAGACCAGCUGCUGUGGAGGAGCUCGGGCAGUGCUUGCACAAUGAGCGCUACGCUGAAAUCCUGGGGUUUUCAGAAACUGAGAGGAGAGAAUACUUUGACAAAUAUUUUGGCGAUAAAGGGAAAGCAAGAAAAGCCUUGAAUUUUGUAAAAGCAAAUGAAAUGCUCUUCACCAUGUGCUUUGUCCCCAUUGUCUGUUGGAUCGUCUGAACUGUCAUCAAGCAGCAGAUGGAUGAGGGUGAGGAACUUGCACAGACUUCGACAACAGUCACAGGAGUGUACCUGCUCUACCUUUACAAUUUACUGAGGGAUCCAAGAAGCAAGUCAAAGCAACUCCUACAAACUAACUUGAAAGGACUUUGCUCCUUGGCUGCAGAUGGGGUCUGCAGGCAGAAAAUCCUGUUCGAAGCAGAGGAGCUGAAGAAGCACGGCUUAGACACAUCUGACUCCCUCUUUCUGAACGAGAACCUCUUUCACAAAAGCACUGACUGUGAAUGUCUCUACAGCUUCAUCCACUUGUCUUUUCAAGAGUUUUUUGCAGCUUUGUUUUAUGCUCUGGAAGAGGAAGCGGCGGCAGUAGACAAAGGCUCAGGAAAUGACAUAAAAGCUUUGGCAGCUUUGUUAGCCAACUGUGGGAAACCUAGAAAUCAUUUAAUGUUAACAGUGAGAUUUCUGUUUGGUCUCUUAAAUGAAGAGAGAAUGAAGGACAUUGAGAAAAAACUGAGUUGCAAAAUGUCAUUGAAAAUUAAACCAGAAUUACUGAAAUGGAUUAAAACAAAACCCCAAAGACUUUGGGAAUUGCAUGGACAGAGGUCAGAUUUUUCAUCUCCGGUUGAAGAGCUUGAUCAGCUUGAGGAAUUUCACUGUUUGUAUGAAAUUCAAGAAGAAAAAUUUGUGCAAAGUGCAUUGAGUCAUUUAACAGCAGUGAAGUUAAGUUUUCAUACAUUUACCCAAAUGGAUCAAGAGGUGCUUGCGUUCUGUGUAAGAAACUGCCACCAAUUGGAAUCACUUCUUCUAGAGGCUUGUCAAUUCAGAUAUGAAGGCCUGAAUGAAGAUGUUUCAAGUUCCCAAAAGCAGCCACCUCUGUAAGUAUUACCUGGGCUUCAAAAACACUUACAUAUUUUUUUAAUGCAACACUGGGCGUGAUGCUUCCCACGCCCUGUCCUGAAAAGUGGAUUUCUGUGGUAGCUGGUGGCCCGGCUCAGCUCCCUGGGUAGCUGCUGCAGGGUCCCCAAGCGCAGAGCCUCCCCUGACAAUCGAAACAACUUUGCAGACCGUUAUAAAUCUAUGUUCAUAAUUUAAUUAUUUACAAGAUAACAUAUAAGUAAUACAAGAAAACAGAUAAUGUUACCAAACAUAACCCGGCAAUGGUGGCUUAAGGGUUAAUACUUCUCAGAUACACAUUACAUCGGGGGAAGAAAUACAACUUACCCAUGCUACAUAAGGAACCAAUAAAUAAAUAAUUUGAUACAUCACCUAAUAAACUAUCAAGA